AUGGCCAAGAAGGGAGGAGUUCAACAGCUCCAGGCGGAUAUCAGCUCCGAUGAGGAGUUUGAAAAGUUUCUACAGCGACCCGGUCUAUUGGUUUUGGAUAUAUAUUCGGAAUGGUGUGGUCCCUGUCUGGGCAUGGUGGGAAGUCUGCGAAAGAUCAAACUUGAGCUGGGCGGCGAUAAUUUGCAGCUGGCAAUUUGCAAAGCAGGUUCCAUUUCCUAUUUGGAAAGAUUCAACAAGAAAAGUGAACCGACUUGGAUGUUUGUAGCGAAUGGAAAGGCAAUCAAUAUAAUGUUUGGCACAGAUGUGCCCAAGUUGGUUGCGAUGAUCACCCGGGAGCUGGAGCUUACAAUGGCCAAAGAACCUCACGAAACUUAUGAAAUUACCGAAUUACAACCAAUUGAAAUGGAACAACAAAAAGUUAAAAACGAGGCCUUACAAUUGGCUGAAAAAAUCGAACUCGAAGAGAGCAAAAAGAAACGGAUCGAGUAUUUGAAAUAUGUGACAGAUACAAUAAUGGAAAAUUUGCCUGAUAUUGGCAUAACGGUAUUUGGACCGCAGGUUAAUCGGGAUAUGUUCAAGAAACUCUCCGAACCGGCUGAUCCUCUAAAAAUUCAAUGCAAAGAUCGUAAAGUUUUUACAAUAACACAAAGUGAUUUCAAUACUGUGAAUUUUGCGGCAGAAAAUCCAUUGGAAAGUGAGGUUAUAAAGCAUCUGUAUGAUAAGGAAUUGUUAAUGUGCUUCUGGAAGGUCGAUGAAACGAUGGGUAGUCCCCCAACUGUGCUUAAUCAGUAUGCCUAUGAGCUGACCAAGGAGAUUAUAAAGCCACCCGAUGAGUUUAACGAAGAGGAAACGAUUCUACCUCCUUUAAUAGUGCCCAUUGAAAUAACUAUAGAGGUUAAGGUUGAAGAAAAAGUCGAGCCCGAUGAUGCCGCAGAGGAAACCAAUACUGAGAAUGUGGAGGAGAAUGUGGAGGAAACUCCCGAGGUGGAUAAUAAACAAACGCAGGUUAUAAAAAUACCUCCGAUUUGGGUGCCCAGUGAUCAGCGUACCCAUGCCGCCCUCAUCUAUACGUAUUUCCGUGCCCAGACAUCGACCUUCUUGCCACCGGAUCCGACACCGGAACCACCACAUAUCAUCAUGACCUUUGAUGCAUAUAAGAAAAAGGAUCUGAUGAAUCUCGUGGAUGCCUGUCGGGAUGAUGUACCUCUCUAUGGUUUCUUCACCAGUGAUAAUCCUCAGACAGCAACAUUUAUAGCCAAUUCCGUUGAUAAAUAUAAUGCUAAGCCCUAUGUACCCACUGAUAAAAUUGUGCUUAAGGUGAACAAGGUGCUGGGCGAGACAAUACCAUUAUUAAUGGAAUACGGCCCCAGUUAUGUGAGUCCCAACUCUGUGGUGGGUUUCAAGGAGGCCUCCAAGUUCUUUCCCCCCACCUACAAGUCGGCGCUGCAAGAAGAAGCAGAGCUACAUGCCGUCAAAGCGGAGAAACCCAAGAAACGCAAAAAGAACAAAAAGGGCGCCGAUGCCGAGGACAAUGGACAGAGUAAUGCUGGUGCCCAGGACCAUCAACAGGAGGCGGAUGAGGCAGCCAAGACUUCGCCGGAGGAAGGCGCCUCCACAACCAGCAGCGGAGAAGACAGUUGCGAGAGUCGUCCGGCAACUGCCGAUGGCAACAAUGCCUCCACAGAGGCACAAUAAUUCCGAAUCCUAAUUCAAUCUAACUUAAAAAAAAAAACUCAGUUUUCCACAAGUUUUUGUGUAAAUUUAAUUUUUAACAUUGAAUAAAGUCUU